UCAUUGUUGGGUUUGUUAUCAAUGCGUACUGUCUGCUUCAUUCGGGGGGGGGGGGGGGGUGGAAAUGUGGAGACUUUUACGCGUUAGAUCACAGCGAUGUGGGCCACAUCGUUAGCCCCAACUACCCGGAGGGUUAUCCCGAGAACAGCUUCUGCAUCUGGCUGAUCGAGGCCCCACAGAACCACAGCCUGCACCUGAUUGUCAACUUCGAGGGCGAGAGAUACAAAAAUGUCUGCUCCGAUUACAUCGAGAUUCGCCACGGAAGCCAAAGAUCCGCCCUGGAGGGUGUUUACUGUGACAAGGUGACUAACCUGCAGAUGACCUCACAGUCGCGUUGGUUUUGGAUCAAGUUCAAGUCUGACCGCCUCAACACCACAGGCAGGCCUUUGCUGAUCCAGUUCUCGGCCAUUUACAAUUCGACGAGAGGCUUGAACGAGACCGUUCCUUACGCAAGCUGCCGGUCCUACGAGUUUGCCUGCAGGAACAUGGAAUGUCACAGCAUGUCCUACCGGUGUGACGGGCAGAACGACUGCGGCUGCCUCAAGGACUGUGACGAGUCCAUGUGCCAGGGACUGCCCAUCUGUGA